AUGAAUAAAUCAUUAGGACCUAAUUUGAAAUACAUUUAGAAGAUCGAAGAAUAAGAAAAAAUGAUUGAGUUCCUCAAAAUUAAAUAUAAGGAAACUACAGGUUUUGAAGCACCUCUUAUGCAAACAUAAAAUGAAGUUGUUACACAAUCAAAAAUAAAUCCUCAUUCAAUUACAUUACCUUAAGCUAAAUCUAUUAUAUUUACAUAAUUAAAUGAAGAAGAAAAACAAACUGAAUAAUUCUAAACCUUUUAUGAUGCUGUUAGUAAUUUAAAACUGCCAACAAAAUUAUUACCAUCAAAAACAAGACCAAAGAAUAACUUAAAAACAAAUAUCGAUUUUAAAAAUCAGUAUCAUUUGAUUGAGGUAUAUUGAUUUGUAAGUUAAUUAGGUUAUUGAUCUAAGCAAUUUUGGUAACAAAAAAUUUAAUAGAUUGGCAUUUAAAGAAUUUUUAGAUUAGAUACAAGAUAUGAGAACAUUACAUACAUUGAAAUUAAAAAAUAAUGGGAUUGAUGAUUCGUAUUGUGACGAAUUAAAAUUGAUUGUUUCGCAAACUCAUGUAAAAAGUUUGGAUUUAAGUCAUAAUGAACUAGGUCCAAAAGGAAUGGAAAUAUUUUUAGGAAGUAUUAAAGAAGUUAAUUAUUUCAAAUCAUUUGAGUAAUACAAAUUACUACUAUGAUUAGUUUUUCAAGGAACAAUUUUUCACAUAGUCUCAUAACAUUAAAUUAAUUAUAUAGUGCUUUAACUUAAUAGACUGACUUAUAUCAUGUGUGUUUAGAUGCCUUUAAAUCUGGACAAUCAGAUUAUAAGGGCGCUGAUGUUUUGAUUAAAUUGGCAAUAAAUUAGAAAUCAUUGAGAAGUGUUAUAAUAUAAGACUCAAUUAUUUAAGACUUACAAAAGUUCAGUUAAUCUUUAUCAUCUUUAUAAUGUCAUUUGACUGAGUUAACUUUAAAGUAUUGUUUUCUUACGUCAGAACAUAUAAAUGUAUUGGCAUAGGGAUUGUCAAAUAAUUAGUCUCUGAUUUAUUUAAAUUUAUAACAUAAUGGUUUAAAUGAUUUAUCAGGCAAGUAUCUAGCUAAUAUGAUAUCAACAAAUUAUUAUUUAUAUUAAAUAGAUUUGGAACAUAAUUAAUUAGGAAAUGAUUUUAUUUAAUUAUUAAGUGUUGCUUUAAAAAGGAAUAACGUUCUGAAUUCAUUAAAAUUAGGUUAUAAUUCGAUUUCUGAAAUCAAACCAUUAUUGAAUGUAAUUGGACCAGAAAACACAUCUAUACAAGAUUUAGGAAGUAUUCAGUAAAACCCUUUAUUGUUGGCUUAAGUUGAACAAUUAUAAAAGAGAUUAAAAGGAUCGAAGGAAUCAACUACAAACUAUUAAAUUUUGAAGCCAAUUAACUUUACUCAAACUUUACAUAGAAAAUAAGAGAAUUAUAGAGUAUGGAAUGUUUGAGUGAAUUUUUGAUAAUAUAAAUAAUUAAUAAAU